AUGCUGAUCCUCGUCCUCGUUGGCGGCUGCGACCGCGACUGCGAUGAGCUCGUCACCGUCGACUGCUACAACCCGCGCACCGGCCACUGGCGCUACCUGGCCGAGUUCCCCGAGCACCUGGGCGGGGGCUACAGCGUCGCCGCACUGGGCAAUGACAUCUACGUCACCGGAGGUUCGGACGGGUCGAGGCUGUACGACUGUGUCUGGAGGUACAAUUCCAGCGUGAACGAGUGGACGGAGGUGUCUCCCAUGCUGAAAGCCAGAGAAUACCACAGCUCCACCGUCCUGGAUGGGCUGCUCUACGUGAUCGCCUCCGACAGCACGGAGCGCUACGACCACGCGCUGGACAGCUGGGAGGCUCUGCAGCCCAUGCUGUACCCCAUGGACAACUGCUCCACCACCUCGUGCCGUGGCAAGCUGUUCGCCAUAGGCUCCCUGGCUGGCAAAGAGUCCAUGGUUAUGCAGUGCUACGACCCCGACAGCGACCUCUGGUCCCUCGUGAACUGCGGCCACUUGCCUCCCUGGUCCUUCGCCCCAAAGACCGUCACGCUCAACGGCCUCAUGUACUUCAUAAGGGAUGACUCGGCUGAAGUGGAUGUUUACAACCCAGCGAAGAAUGAAUGGGAUAAAAUCCCUGCCAUGCUUCAGGUUCACGUUGGGGGAAGCGUGGCCGUGCUCGGCGGGAAGCUCUACGUCUCCGGUGGCUAUGAUAACACAUUUGAACUCUCGGACGUCCUGGAAGCCUACGACCCUGAGACACGAGCGUGGAGCGUGGUGGGCCGACUCCCCGAGCCCAUCUUCUGGCACGGCAGCGUCAGCAUAUUCCGGCAGUUCAUGCCCGAAACCACACAGGAGGACGAUGGCAUCACGCUGGACAACACCAUCAACUUGAACAGGCAGCGCCAAAACCUUCACAACCAGAACCUUAACGAGCUUCGUUAGCAGGGGAAGGCGCUGUGCCCCUGGCUCCACGCGAGUUCGCUAUCCAGAACCAGUGUUGCUUUAAGAGAAGGCAGAGGCAAACCGGUGCUUGGAAACAAAAACAUACUGGUCAUAGAGGGAGUGAAAACUCUGAACGCUUGAGGUGCUGUUGCGGAACUGCAGCCAGCAGAGAGCGAGGCCUCUGCUGCGACGUCCCUCGGCCCUUCUCCGGGGCAGGAGAAGGCACCGCGCUGCCCGCAGAGGAGACCCCAGAGGUGAACUCUGAGGAAAGAGAUUGCGUGGAACGGCACCGCAGCAUCGCAGCUUACGGCUUUUCAUCAGACGCCUUUCACUGGGAGCUCCUUCACCCCGUAACGCUUCGUUUGCCACCAAAACCCUUUCUUCAGUUUCUUUUUUGGGAGGGGCCUGUUUGGUAGGAUGGUGGUCUGGACCUCCACCUUUGUUCUGUGCCUCGGAGGAAGACAGACCUCCUGCGCACAUCUUCUUCUGCGUGGUUAGAGCGGGGAAGGGCCUUCCUGGGGGAGCUGGAGGUCUGUUAGGGUGGGAGGUGGACAGGAGAACGUGGCCCUUCCCACCCUCUCGAUGUGGUCCUUGGUUCCCGUUCAUGCCUUCAGGAGGAACAGACGUCCUGUAGCAGGGUUCUCUCCGAGGCUGGGUUAUGAAGCUUCACUUUUCCCUUCGUCUGAACUUCAGUUCUUCCUGUAUUUGGUGGGGUUUUUAUGUUGCAGCAUUUGAACUCUUGCAGGUAUUAGUUUUCCAACCCUUCCUAGCAGAGCACUUUUUCCUUCAAACAAGAAACGCCCGUAUUUAUCUUCUAAUCACGUUCUCACAAUUAGAUUUGUUUUGUUCCUGAUCACCCCAGCUGUGCCCUCCUUUAAGGGGAAGGGGAGAAGCGAGCACCCCUCCUAGCCGGCCCGAGGAGUGACUCCUGGGGCUGGCCGCUGCCGCUCCCCCUUCCCGGGGGGAGAGGGGUUGGUGGUGGGGCUGAGCUAGGGCAGAAAAAGCUGCGUCUGGCGGUGAGGGCUGUUUGCUGUCGGUCCUCCUGUGCCCAGCUCUCGGCCGGCACGCUGCGUUGGGCAGACGGGCCCAUGCAGCGAGAGCGAGUUUUUGUUUCUUCACCGUUUUAAAGGAGCUCAGUCAGCAUUGUACUAUUUCGGGGGCGGGGGGGGGAAGAAAACAAACCUUGUUGGGAAAGGUGAGCGCAGCUUCCUCAGAAGAUUCACUGCAGGCUCGCAGAACUGCCAGCGGUGUUCAGGCGCCUUGAUGCAGAAUUGCUUUUAAAUGCAUCGCCUUGUGUGAAGGGACCCACCAGACCUUCGGAGGGGUCUUGUGCCCAUCGUGCCUCCAGCUUGCAGGAGCUCUCGGGAUUUGGGCAAUCAAAGAUGCCGUUGUGUUCUGGCGAAGGCGUAGGAGUUAGCCGGAGCGUUGCAGAUUGGAAGGUAGCUAUUUUAGGGGUUUUUUCUUCUUUUUGUUUGAGGUUUGCUGGUUUUUUUGGCCUGUGUAAGAUUUGCCUUUAUACUCGCCCAAGUGACCUGGCUAGCUUGGGCUGUUCCCUCCAGCUACCUUAGCUGAAGCUACGUGCAGUUUACUCAUGGAGUGUUUCUUGAGCAAGCGAACAGCUAAAGCUGCGGUACGGCUCACGCGAAAACGAGCGUCGCGCCUUCGGGAAAACUGUGAAGUGUGACAAUGGCUGAAGUGUUGGCUGGAUGCGUUCGCUUUUUCAGUCCUUUGUUUUUAACCAAUAAGAAAAAAAAUUUAAUUUAAACUUAAUUCAGAGAUGGAAAGCCCAUACACUUGACUGCAUGCCUUCUGGCUUGCCCUUGGGUCGAGUAGUGUCGGAGCCCCAUCUCCACAUCAUCUGCAUCUUCACAGCUUUAAAAAAAUCUGGUUUGCCUUGAGUGCUAUUUUAUGCUGCACUCCUCAGCUGUGGAAGCUGAGAAAGCCGCUCGUGACAUCUGGGCUGUUCUCCAAGUCUGAAACUUUGACAGUGCCUUGAAACCGCCAUGUGCCGGCGGAGGAUCCCGGAGGGGGUCAAAAACCUCCCCGGCGCUGCCGCGGAGACGGCGUGCGCCGUGCAGCUGAACUGACGUUGCAGACCCAAGUAUUUAUGCUGAACUAUAAAUAGUACGCACACCCUGUCUCACUGUAGUGCUCGCUGCUGGACCUGCCGCUCCCAGAUCCCCCAACCGGCUGAGCAGUUCGGGAUCUGUAUUUAUUUUUUGUAAAAUUCAUUUGUGUCCGAAGCUUUGAGUACAGUUUAAAUACCAUCCUUUGAAACAAAGGCAUUUUACAUUUACAGAUAAUGUAUUUUUAUUCUCAUAGUUUGUUUUUAAAUUUACUUGCAGCAGUCAAGUUAAAUAAAACGUGUUACAUAAAUCUCUCUGUCUUUGAGGGGAAGGUUACCGGAGUCGGCUUUUGCUGUGACGUUUCUCACUCUAGGCCUGAGGUACGUUUAAGCCGGAGACUUUUCUGCCUUCUCGGUGAGUAGAAGAGGGAAAGGGGAGCGAGCGCAGCUGCCCCUCUGGGGGAUGUGGGUACGCAGUGAUCUUCCCCCGCCCCAGGAAUACUCAGGAAACGGUGCUCAAUGUCACGGCACCCGUGGAUCAUGUUAUUUUGGACAAAUAUAAAUCUCCACACCUAAAACUGGGAGCUUAGAGCAUGGUCCAACUCCUUGAGCUAUCGUGUUUCCAUUGAAGCAACAGCUAAAUUAUGAGAAGUGAGAAGCUACGGGUCGUGCCCUGCCUUGCAUGGGGCAAAGAAAGGGCACUUAGCAGACAC